AAAUCCUAUGUUAUGUUGCUUUUGUUGGCAUUCUUUGUAACUUCACAUUAUCAUCUGCAACUUUCAUGGGGAUUUUUAGCAAGAAACAACAAUCUGGGUUCUCUGCCUCUUCAACAGCAGAGGAAGUUACUGAAGGGAUUGAUGGAACUGGUCUUACUGCAAUUGUUACAGGAGCCUCAAGUGGUAUUGGUGUAGAGACAGCGCGUGUUCUUGCAUUGCGCGGUGUCCAUGUAGUUAUGGCAGUAAGGAACACCGAUGCUGGGGCGAAUGUCAAAGAAGUAAUCCUUAAAGAAAUUCCCAAUGCUAAAAUUGAUGUCAGGGAGUUAGACCUCAGCUCAUUCACAUCUGUAAGAAAAUUUGCAGCAGAUUAUCGUUCCUCAGGCCUUCCAUUGAACAUCCUUAUUAACAAUGCAGGGGUAGGAGUGACACCGUUCAAACUUUCUCAAGACAGUAUAGAACUCCAGUUCGCAACGAAUCAUUUAGGUCAUUUUCUUCUCACAAAUCUUUUGUUGGAGACCAUGAAAAGCACAUCGCGAGAAAGCAACACAGAGGGGAGAAUCGUGAACGUAUCAUCACUGAGCCAUCAUUACGGAUACCGUGAAGGAAUUCGUUUUGAUAAACUUAAUGAUGAACCCACAUACAACAGGCAUUUUGCUUAUGCACAAUCCAAACUUGCUAACAUCCUACAUGCUAACGAGCUUUCGCGGUGUCUGAAGGAAGAAGGGGUAGAGAUAACGGCUAAUUCUGUUCAUCCCGGAGCAAUUCUCACGAAUAUUACCCGCCAUGACAGCUUCGCACGGUGUGUUUUUACUGUGGUGUGUUUGUUUAUCUCUAAAACUGUUCAGCAGGGUGCGGCAACCACAUGCUUUGUGGCACUCAAUCCACAAGUUAAGGGAGUAGGCGGCGAAUACUUUUCGGACUGUAAGAUUGCCAAACGGAGCUCUCAGGCAAAAGAUGCUGAUAUGGCUAGGAGACUCUGGGAUUGUAGCUUUAGUUUGACCAAUCCCAAGAAGUAGGAUGUUUUAAUAUUUGCUGGUUGCACUGUUCGUUAUGAAAUCAAACCUCCAAAUCUCAAACUGUAACCAAAUGCUGAACUCAGACUAUAAAAAGUUCCCAUUUGUUCCUUAUUUGUAAUUUAAAACCAGUCUAGAAACUGGAGCACAUAGACAACAUGAAUGGAACUACAAAGUAAACAGCUUUCAACA